UAGAUGAAAACCAUCCUACAAACUUUAACUCAUAUGGAUGACCCGAGGACGUGCUGACACAGAGAGAGAGGAAGCAAGAAAGAGAACAGAGAAAGAGAGCGCAAGGCUGAAGUAGCAAUGGCGCUUCUCAAUUCCUCUCUAUCUGUUUCUACUCCCACCAACGCUUCUCCUCCCAAUCUACCCUUCUUCAGAAACCGACCCAGAAACUUGCCUUGUCGGAAAAGAAUUGAAAUGUACAAGAAGUUCAAUCUCUGUUCAACUUCAAUCUCAAAACCCACCUCAGAAAAUGGAUUUUGCAGGAGAGAUUUGUUGCUGUUUGGGCUUUCUUCUUCAUUUGUUCUGUCAUUUCCAUCUUCAGAUUCUCUCGCGGAGGAAGAGUUGAAAGCUGCCACAAUGGUCGAUGAAAUAAAUGCUUAUUCUUAUACUUAUCCGGUGGAAUUGUCGUCUUCUAACUUUGCCUUCAAAUGGGUGGAAUCAAGAAAACCAGAACGCUAUUCUUCUGCUGCUCCGUUGUCUCCUGAUGCUCGAUUGAGGAUUGUCUCUGAGCGAGUUGAUUUCAUUGACAACCUUAUCAUUUCGGUUACGAUAGGCCCUCCAAAUUCCAUGUAUAUAAAAUCAAAGGACAAGAGUACUUGGGCAGCAAAAGAUGUUGCAGACUCUGUUUUAUCCGAUAAAUCUGCACUGCGGGUUACUUCAAGUCAGCGCCUGGCGGAGAGUUCAGUUCUUGAUACUCAUUCAAGCAAUAUUGAUGGUGAGCCAUACUGGUAUUAUGAGUACCUUGUUCGAAAGUCGCCAACAAAAAUUGUCGGGGAAUCCAACAUUUACAGGCAUUAUGUCGCAUCAACAGCAGAACGAGAUGGCUUUCUGUAUUCUAUCAAUGCUUCAACCCUCGGUGCGCAAUGGAACAAAAUGGGACCUUUUCUGCAGAAAACCGUAGAGUCUUUUAGACUUCUUCCUCCUACCGAAGACUAUGUUCCUCCAUACAAGGAUCCAUGGAGAUUUUGGUGACAUUUUGUACAUCCUCACACUUCCUUUUCAGGCAUUUUUGUAUCAUAUUCUUUUGUCAUGUGGGUUUACAAAUGAGUUCUAGUUCACUUUUGAGAUCGAGGCAUAGUGGCGAGAGGUUUUUCUGGGUCAACUUCCAUGAGAAGAUGGGAGAAAGUAGAUCUCUGUCUUAUUUAUGUUCAAAAUUUCUCUCUAUGAUCAAACUAAAUUGUGGAUUUGAUCACCAUCUUCAAGUCCAAAAUCCUUGAAUAGCAUAAAACUACGAAAAAUGGUGACAAAAAAAUCAACAAUUUUUUACUUAAAAAUCAAGUUUGCUGGUUUAUUCUAUUGGAUAA